AUGGGCGAUUUCAAUAUUGAUCUACUUAAGUAUGAUACAUGCACUUAUAGUAAGGAAUUUUUGCACUACUUGUACAGCUCUGCUUUCUUCCCAACAAUUUCCAAACCCACUAGAAUUUAUGGGGAAUCCACAACUCUCAUUGAUAAUAUUAUUUUAAAUAAGCCAGAAUACGAUUUAGUGACGGGAAAUAUCGUAUCCAAUAUAAGUGAUCAUUAUACCCAAGUAUGUCUUUUAAAUAAUUGUGAAGUAGAAUAUUGUGCAAGACAAAAGAAGAACAGAGAUUAUUCUAAAUUUGGCCAGAAGGAAUUUUUGUCUGAG